CAGCAGGAGUUCUUCCGAAGAUUUCUCAGCAAAUUCAUAGAUCUACCUCACAGCAAAUAUCUGAGAAACUCCAGAACAAUUCCACAGAACAAAGUCUUAUAACCCGAUAUCAACCCGGAUAUCCUGCAAAAAUCCCCGAAAUGCAGAUGUAUAAAUUAGCAGCAGGAACGAACGAAAAGAAGGAAAAAAAAAGAAGCACCAGCAGAACAGGGUGAACGAAAUGAGUUUGAUAAUUAGUGCAGAGGCGGAACGCUCGGAAGUGAAGCAGUUGCAGAAAAGUUACGACAUCGUCCAGACGUCCGAGAGCAGGAAAAGCAGCGUCUAAUAGAAUUGCGUGUGCAAGCGGGGUGGUAGGGGACGUGCGGGGGCGGACGGCGGCGCGAUGCGACCAGAGUUUGCGACUAACACCGUCUCGUUCGUCAGACAGUUGGCCGGCAACCACGGUGGCGGUGUUGCAGACACACAACAUACACACGCCGUACGAGAGAACUCGCAAAUUGCGAACAAAACAAGCAACAGUGGCACACAAGGAAGAUCCUGCCGCAUCCGGACUUCUAAAUAAAGCACAAUUCGCACCUACGGCCAAGUGAAAGGUCACACGACUUGCAUAACACUCGGUCAGUUCGAGGGACCUCGCAAAAACGCCACUUCCGGUUAGCAGUUUCGGCGGUUGCCCCGCGCGUCAGAGUUAUCCCACCGCCGUCUGCUACGCUGCUGAUCCUAUUGCGUUCAUUCCGUCUGCCCGAAAUUAAAUCAUCUACGUAUGAACCUAGGACAACAGUUUAGAGCUUGCCACCGCACCGCCGCCUACCUUGAUGUAUUUCGCUCUAAUCGUGGUCCCGUCUACUUUUAGUCAGUGAUCAAUCCGGUAUCCUCCUUAUGAUUUCGAAAUUGAGUGACGAUCUACCUGUGUUUUGUGUUGGUGUCCUCCACGACUCGUCGCAGCAUUGAAACUGGCCGCAGGUUGCGCUACUACGCACUGUAUAAUCAAUGACAGAAAGUAGCCGUCCUACGAAGAAAUGGGAAGUGAGCAUUACUGCCUGAGGUGGAACAAUCAUCAGAGUAACCUUCUCGGAGUAUUCAGUCAGCUUCUCCGUGACGAGAGCCUAGUCGACGUCACUUUGGCCUGCUCGGAAGGUCAUUCCAUCCGCGCCCACAAGGUAGUCCUAUCCGCCUGUUCCUCCUACUUUCAAACCCUCUUCAUCGACCACCCAAGCCGCCACCCCAUCGUCAUCCUCAAAGACGUGCGCUUCUCCGAGCUACGCACCCUCAUCGAGUUCAUGUACAAGGGGGAGGUCAACGUGGAGUACUGUCAACUGUCAGCGCUGCUCAAGACGGCCGAGAGCCUCAAGGUCAAAGGAUUGGCGGAGAUGACGAGGGACUGCAAGACUGAAAAUGAACAAAGCGAGCCCACGGAGCUGGUGACGAGGAAGCCGCACCAGCAGCUGAUGCCGCCGGUGGCGACGGUGGUGAGGCACGAAGACGACCCCCAGGAGCAAGCCAGAUCGUCGCCGGUGAUGGGGUUGUGCAAGGAGUCGCCUAGGAGCGAGAAGGAGGUGGAGUUGAACUCGAACGACAACCUGGGGAACGAGAGUCCCAUGAUGUGUGCAGAGGAUGACAUACCGAACGACAUGACCAUACACAACAAUUCGGCUGUUUCUUCUUCGCAUUUGCCGCCUCCUUGCGGUAGGUUAUCGCCCCAGAUAAAGUCGGAAUCGCUGCCUGGGACUUCGCUGUUGCCGCCGGUUCAACAGGUACCUUUGAGCUUGAAGAAGGAAGUCGACUGGGGUGGAGGAUCAGAAGAAAAAAAUACCAAGGAUCCACCGGAAUUCUCAAGGUCACAAGACCAGGAAAUGUCAAUUGCUGAAACACGUUUCAACUCGUCUCCGAUAGACAAGCCGUCCAGUACUCAAAGCAGUAGGUCGUCAACGCCUUUCACCUUACCGUUCCCGUCCUUCACGUCGUCUCUACUAGAGAUGAGCCUACUGCAUUCCGGACUGCUCAACGAGGAGCUUUACCGCUGUUCGUCCUGCAUGGCUGCCUUUCCCUCCGUCUGGCUGUUGGAACAGCACAAUGCCUUACAGCACAUCGGAUCGCUCAGUUCCUUCGACAAGCCGUUCAUAUGCGAACAGUGUGGACAGAGCUAUAGGUAUCGAUCAGCGUACGUCAAACAUAGGGAACAAAAUCACAGGGCAAGAUUACCUGCGGAUAAACUGUUUUCGUGCGAUGUCUGUGGAAUGCAAUUUCGAUACUUGAAGUCCUUCAAAAAGCACCGUCUCAACCACGCCUUGGAAAAGCUGCAUGGAAAAACGGGUGACUCAUCGAAAGUGUCUGUGAAAAGCGAGAUGAAUGAGGAACAGACGAACGACACUAAAUGUGAUAAUAGUAGCGAGGUUUCUAGCAGCAACGAAGUUAUUUCUAGCCAGGACAUGGUCGUUGUAAAGACUGAGGUUGAAGAGGAGAGAGAUGAAAGAGAUAAUAAUUCUACGAAUGAAGGUCAAAUAUCGGACGCUGAAGUCGAGAAGACAGAUUCAGAACAGGACAACACGGUCGACUCCAUAGGACCCCUAACGCCAUCCUCCACCAUGUACAACGUGGACCUGAUGAAGAACGACCAAGACUCGCCCAUCAUGAACUUCCUGAGGGGCGACAACGCCGCACGUCAGAGGGAGAGGAAGUUCGCCUGUCCCUUCUGCGGCAAAUGCGUCAGAUCGAAGGAGAACCUUAAGCUGCACGUCAGAAAGCACACGGGCGAGCGGCCUUUCGUGUGCCUCUUCUGCGGCAGGGCCUUCGGUGGCAAGAGUGACUUGACGCGCCAUCUGCGUAUCCACACCGGAGAACGGCCGUACCAUUGUGAUAUGUGUGGCAAGUGUUUCGCCAGGGCAGACUACCUGUCGAAGCAUCUGACCACGCAUAUUAACACACCUCGUUAAUGUUUUGAAUGUAAUUUGAAACCGUUCACGGCGCCAUCUUUGUUGAAGCAUGGUCGUUGAGUUUCUGACUUAUCGAAGGGUUAGGUUUUGAGGUUUUUGAGGUGUUUGAUUCCGCCUAGUUUGUGAGAAACUGCUUCUUCUUGUAAUGUUAUGUUAUGGUCUUUACUUGAUGGAAAUACAUUUCAAGACUGAUCUAUGAUGAUCCACAGGGCGUAAUAGAGUGGGUAGAAGACUGAAGUGGGUAUAAAGUACUAAUGAAAAUAAGAACGAAUUUCAUGCAAACAUGGAUACAAUCUGCUUAAAAUUCCGAGACGAGGGGUGGUUGAGUUCAAAAAGACUCGUUUUUUGUAGUAAUCUCAAAAUGACUAAAGGCAUUCAGAUGGGACUAAAAACAGCUGCAUAGACAGUUAACUUUCAAUAUUUCUGGAAGCUCUAUCAUAUUUUCAGUAGAUAAAAAGUAAACUUCAUAUAAUAUCGUCUUCAACUUGCCAAAUUCUUGACGGAAUUCAAAUUCUUUAAGACUUUUUUUAGUCCAAAGCUCCGAGAAAAGCAAGAGAAUCGGCAUCAAAAUUUCAAGAUUUGAUUUUGAUAUUUUCACCAUUUAUUAUGACAACUCCCGAACUAUUUGAGGAAAAAAGCUUGAGUACCAGGUAUAGAUUUUGAUAUCAUUCGAAAUAAUUUUUUAUAGCUCCAAUAGUAACGAAAAGAAUGAAUCUAAAAAUUAUUGAUCAAUUUCACGAAUAUAACACUGUGCACAACAUGCAACCUAAUUAGUCUGGCAAUUGGUCCAGUGGGGACAUUCGUUCAUCCAUUCGAUGUUGUUGGUUAAAUAAUUAGCAGUGCUGGGCUUGAAGAAGAGAUUGGACACAGUAACGAAGCUACAGACAAAGACCCAGAAGCCAACUGGUUUUUCCAAAAGAUAAUACUCUAAACUUUUGAAAGGUCUCACAUAGGACUAGUAGUGUCGUGAUAGAAAACAUUCAAACAAAUGACCAUUCAGUUUUUAGUAUCUUAAGUUUUCACUAACUUAUUUACAUUCAUACAAAAAAUCAUAUUCAUCCUUCCAUUGAAAGUUCUGUUUAUUACUAUUUUUUUCGAAAAAUUAGGUAAUCAAAUUGAAUUUUUUUAUUUUCAAGAUUUGUAUAGGGUUUUUCACUGGAAAUCAUAUAAUUCAAAAUGGUUUUAAUGGCCACACUAUGUAUGAUACCUAUUCUAAGAUGCCCCAUGUCCUUUGAGUUCAGGAGUUUAUACCUUAUGAUCAUAGAAAGAUUAGACAACAUUCAGAAAUGCUUAAAUUGUUUAAUCAAAAUCUUUGCAAAUUGUGACUACUGAGAAAGAUUCAAAAAUUCAUGAACGGUAUUAUUCAGUUAAUUGACUUUAUAUUCAUCUUAUUGUGAACAAGUUUUAAUGUGAUUUUUUUUACAUAAUACAAGAAUACCUGCACGGCUCAGUACUUAGCUGUACUUUUUUUCUGAAAACCAUUCACUGAAUAAUGUCCUCCACUAACUACUGUUGAAUUUUUUUCAGUAUUCACAGAAAAGCACUGAUUUUGAUAAAACUAUUCAGCAAUUUUUAAACGUUGUGAAGCGUGUAUUAUUCCAUGAUUGAAUAACCUACAGAACACCAAAUGAAAGAUUGAAACGUGCCUUGACAACUAGGCCAUUUCAGUCCCAAUUAAAAUCAUUCUUAUUGCUUUUUCAAUUAGGUGACAUUUCAAAUUAGAGAUCUAGAGAUCAUCAUAUGAAAUAACAAUAAUAUGAAAAUACUGAUGAAAUAGGUAAAUAAUUAAUGAAUAUCUAUCUGUCUUGAUUGCUUUUUCUUGAGCACAGAAUGAGAAUGAAAUAAAUGUUUUCUAGGAAUAAUAGGAAUUCAUAUUAUUAUAGAUUCAUCUUGAAAUGUAUCUAUUUUCUAUCAAAUGAUAACCGAAACAUUUAAAGAAUUGGCAGUUCCCCAAAUGCUAUAGGUUAUCAAUAUAAUCUUUGAAAUCAAGAAAUUGAAAAUAUCAGAAUCGAAAAAGACACCAAAAAAAUCAUUGGUCUAUUUUAUGAGACAGUUGAUUCUGAUGCCCGUACAUCCAUAAUAAUCUGUAUUAUAUUGUUCCGAAAAAUAAUAUUAUCAAGACAAAUUUUUCAUCAACAAAUAUAAUUGUAAUAUUGGGUAAGUUCUUCUUUUGUGAUUCCCGAGACAAUAAAAUUUAUAGGGGUUUGCAAAGAAUUCUAGAUAGAGUAGUAUAUUUGACUAGUAUGACAAACAAAAUGUUGAAUUCCUGACUUACCAUUUUUGUCAACUAUUCCACCAGCAGAAAACUUUCGACUGUUGACUGCAAACAACUCCAUUCGGAUCGAAAUAUAGAUCAGAGCUUAAGGAGCAUAUUGGCCUGGAAAUCUUCCCGAAAGUCGAGAUUCUUCCUGGUUCAGAUGAUUAACGGUAGUCUUUCAUGAAAACAUAUUACUCUUUCAAGUCUGCAGACAGGCGUGACAUAUCGUUCAUCUCCAGGAAAUCAUUACUCUAAGUUUCAAUGGAAAAAGCCAUUUGCACUCCAACCUCAUAUUUGGGUUCGAAAAACUUUCCAAGAAAUUCUUCAUUUUGAAUUUCAUUUCACAUUUUUCAGAUCAUACUAGACACGGUUGAAAUGUCAAAGAGCUUCUUAAUGACUUUUUACCUAAUCUCAAUGAAGAGGUCUGGAUAAAAUACAUGGAAUUGAAGAUCCUAUGUCUGUACAGGGAGAGGAGUUCAGAUUGAACAGAGCAGGUGGCAGUCGGUGAGAAUAAUCUCUUCAUGCUCUAGGUCUAUUUGCUUCAACAGAAGAUUGAUUCCAUUUCAGAUUAAUGCUACGAUGUAUUGUCAUAUAGUUUGCACUUGCAACUUGUUUUUACACAAAUCUUUCAGGGGUACUUUGAGCGACUUCAAAGAAAGUAUCCCAUAAUGAUAUUUGAAUAUUAGAUAAAGUAAAGUUGGAUAUGUAAGCGUUAUUCAGCUCUCAAUUGUCUAUUCGGAUUCUCCCCUGAAGCCAACAUCUGCAGAAUACUUCUUCAGAGGUUCUUUGAUUAUAACACGAUAAUGGAAACAGUGCGGAGGUAGGAUUUUUAUUGCCUAUGUUGGAUGAGGUUGAGCAAAGAUUAUCCCCCCCCACUACUUAUAACAAAAGCUGAAAAACCUAUCAGUUUCAAACAUUUUUUAUAAUUAUUUCGAAUUAUAUCGUGAAUUUAUGUAGGUAUGAGAAACACCUUGUGUUUUAGUAUUCUCUGGACAUAUACAUACAGAAUAUCUAAUGGAUAGUUACUCAAGUAUUUUUUCUUUCUUUAAAUGGCGGGGGCAGUAAACUAAAAAAAAACAACUUAUGAAUGAAAAUUAUAAAUCUUUAUAGCGAAAUUUCCCAAGAGAUUGACUUAUUGACAAGGUGAUGUAUUCUUCGAUAUUUCAAGAAAUUCAAUUCGAUAUUAUAAAGUGUGAAUGAAGAUGGCGUCCUACACCCAACAGAAAACAAUUUGUGAUAUUUUUUUUAGAUUGAUUAUAUUAUAUAUCUUUUAUAUAAUUCUCUAUACACACAACUACAAAAUAGUUACCGGUGCUAUUACAUUAUAUUAGUUAUUUAUACAGAAACAACGAAAUACAGUUUAAUCGCAAUAUAACUGGAAUACAUUUUUCAUAAAAAAAUGAUUCACUUUGGAUAGAAUGAUAUAUUGAAUUUAAAUAAUUGUAAGCUAGAUAUAUUAUAUUGAUUAUAUCCUUAUAUAUUUAUCAAUUCAAGGUUCACCAUUUUUUUUUGUAUGAGAAUAACAGAAGAUUUCCACAUAUGGGCAACCUAUAGACUAGAGGCACCAACACGAUAAUCGAUAUCAUUAAUUUAAUUAAUUUUUGUUUCAAUAUUUAUUUUAUGAUUCAACAUAUUUCAUUUUCACUUUAUACUGAAUAAAAAUCAUAAAUCUUUUUGUAUUUACCUAAUAACCAUUCGAUAUUUCGAUUGUUUUUUAUCCAAUGACGGUAAUUGAAUUAAUGAAAUCAAAAAUUCGAAAACAUUCAAAUAAUGCUACUAGAAAUUAUGAGUUCAACCUUUUUUUUCUUAUUCUGAAUACAUCGAUUUUUUUUUGAAAUACUUAUAACCAUGGAUAUAAUAUAGUUCAGUGAUAUCAUUUUUUAAGUUCGACUCUCAUAUCGAAAAAUUUUCGAUUUUAAUAAGGAAGGAAUAUUUUUGUCAUCAUAGCAGGGUUAGUGAUUUGAAGCUAUAUUCGUAUUGAGUUAAGCUGAUAUUGAAUGGUUAUGAGUUUACUGCAAUAGCUAUUUAAAAAAUGUCUCUAAUCUAUAUUCCCAAGAGAGUUUAGGUUGUGAAAAGCUAUGGCCAGUGGAGACUUCAAUUCUACUUAUUCUAUAGAUAAUAUUCUGAUUUGAUGAAUUUUACAGAGUAUCCGCAUUGUUGUUUUUAACCUAUCUUUAAGACCUGUUGUUGAAAUAAAUGUCUAUGUACCUCUCAUGACAGUUUGCCGUUACAUAGAACUGCCUACUAGAUAGAGCUAUUUUUAUACAGAUAUACGUCCACAGAUUGAAUGGUUGUAUAAUUUUUUUCAACUCGAGACCUCAAAGAAAUAAUGGAAUUCUUCAUUUCUCUAUUCUCCCAACUGCUUUUGUUCAAAGAUAUAAAUUAUUAUCCGGUUUUUUUCCUCCUUAUCUUAUAUCUCAAAAGUAAUAUACACUAUAUUUGUUUUGAAAUGAAGAAUAAAAAUUAUUUAUUACCAGUAUGAAUUGAUAUCCACAAAGAGCAUAAUUAUUUACUUACUAUGCAAUGUUUCUCUUCAAUACAGUUGUAUUCCUUGUAAGAAUAUAUCUUUUUGAAAACAAUAUCAACACAUUCAUCAAACACAAUUAAAAAGCAUAGAAUGAAAUCUCCCAUAAGUCAGUUUCGUGAAUGCUCAACUUUCAUAUUUUUGUAAAAUUGACCUUGAUAGAAGUUUCAAAACAUGUGGUUAUCAUUUCAUUUUACAUCAUAUUCAUCAUGAACACAAUUGGUUUCUUAGUAACACAGCAUCUGAACACAAGAAUGAACCGAGCUGUUAUUUUAUUACAUUCGUAAAUUCAAAUUUUUUAGGAGAUGGCAAACUUUAUAGUGAAUAAUGCUUGGCACCUUUGCAAUUAUAAUAUAUUAUAUUUAAAAUAUGAUGUAGAUCUGUAAGAUUUCAAUGUGAUUGGCCAGUUUUAUAGAAAUAUUGGUAUAUUAUUUUACUAUAAAAAAGUGAUUGCAAUUUUAAUCUUUUCUGUUCAAUCCAGUGUAAAACUGGAGUAGCGAUGUCAAUUGUCCACAAAUAUUUUAAAAGUUAAUAGUGAUUUUAAUCCCUACAUAUAAUUCUGAGAUCAAAUUGUUAUAAAGUUUCUUAUUUACAACAAUUACUGUAUGUACUGGAACAUUUGAAUUGAUCAAAAAAUAUUCCUACAGUGCGAACAAAAAUGAAUAGAGUUAUUAUUAUGGAUUAAUAAUGCAAUCAUGCUAAAAAAAUAAAACCCUACAUUCCCACUUGAUCCUUAAUAGAGCACCCUUUACUAUAAUUUCAAUCGGAAUGUAGUAAAUUUAUCUUGUUUUUAUAAUGUUUCUCAUGAUAGUAAUCUACUAUAACCAGUGUUGAUGGCUGAAAAAUACUGUAGGACUUGGGGUAUUAUUGACUGAAGAGAAGUCUGAUGCUUUCUCAAAUUCACCAUGUUAUGUUACCAUUUAUCACGUCAAUUCCAUCAUCUUUAUUCAGAAGGCAAAUGAUUAUAUUUGUUGCAUUAACCUUUCAAUUCCUUCUAACAGGUGUAUUUGACAUGAGUUAAUUAUUUAUUUUCAAUUCGAGAUAAAUGUUUAGAUGACUUCAUCUUGCAAUAAUCCUCGCAGAAAAUUCACAAUGGUCCGCAGAAAUGAAGAGUGAUGAAAGAAGUAAUAAUAGUUUAGAAAAAGAAUAAAUUUUCACUAUAAACAUGGUGCUGCAAUUGUAAAUGAAUAUGUGAUAUAGAAAUGUGGUUAGUAGGAUUGUAUAAUUUAUUGAUUAACCAAUUCAAAUUUGAAAAUAUUUUUAAAUCUAUGUGUGAUGUAAGUUUUAAUGUAUUUUGAUGUUGCAUUAUGUACCAUCAACAUUUCUUGGUCUAAAAAAUAUAUUGAAUGUGUGUAA